ACCAAACGUAAACAAACUCAUGCCGGUUUGUCGAAUGUGAUAAACAGUCAUCAUGGCAGAAAGUGCCCCUGCUGAACAUUCUGGCAGUUCCAACAUGACCCAUAUUGCACCACUGGAGGAUUCUGGGAUGCGGGAUGCAUGUGGGGUUUUCGGGUGUGUGGCCGCCAACUCUUGGCCGACACAACUAGACAUACCACAAAUUAUCUCCCUUGGGCUUGUUGGGCUACAACACAGGGGCCAAGAAAGUGGAGGGAUGGUGACAUCUAUGGGCACGGAGGGAGCAAGAUACAAGCAGAAGAAAGCUUCUGGUUACAUCAAUGCCAUUUUCAGUGAUGACGAUAUGAUCAAACUGAAAGGCAACCUCGGAAUAGGUCACACCCGCUACUCCACAGUUGGAGGUUCUGAUGUCACAAACAUACAACCGUUUGUCGUGGAGACGUUACACGGGCUGAUAGCAGUGGCGCACAACGGAGAACUGGUCAACUCUGCCUCUCUGAAACAUAAGCUGUUGAAGCAUGGCGUGGGGUUGUCGACAGGAAGUGACACUGAACUGAUCAUCCAGCUUCUUACCCACAUGCCAGACUGCGGGGAACCAAAUGGAGCCAACUGGGUCGGCAGGAUUCGUAAGAUGAUGAAGCAAACGCCCACCUCCUACUCCCUGGUGAUCAUGCAUAAUGACAAAAUUUAUGCCGUACGAGAUCCCUACGGCAACAGACCCCUCUGUAUCGGCAAACUGCUCACAGCUGCAAGCUUCUCAGGAGGGAGUAUGUUACAGAAUGGUGAGGACUCCUGUGAUGGUUAUGUUGUCUCUUCGGAAUCCUGCUCCUUUGGCGCCAUUGGAGCAAAACUGUACAGGGAGGUUCUGCCUGGAGAGAUUGUGGAACUGAGCAAAGAUGGCAUCAAGUCUCAGAGUAUUGUGGCCAGACCGGAGGCCAAACUGCCCGCAUUCUGUAUAUUUGAGUAUGUCUACUUUGCCAGACCAGACUCAAUAUUCGAAGGUCAGAUGGUUUAUGAGGUGCGACGAAGGUGUGGACGCCAGCUGGCCUUGGAAUCCCCGGCCCAGGUUGACCUUGUCAGCACAGUACCAGAGUCAGCCACCCCUGCGGCUAUUGCAUAUGCUGAUGCUCUGGGUAUACCAUAUGGUGAAGUUCUGUGCAAGAAUCGUUAUGUUGGUCGCACAUUUAUCCAACCCAGCAUGAGGCUGCGUAAACUUGGGGUCGCCAAAAAGUUUGGGCUGCUGACUGGAAACUUCCAGAACAAGCGUGUUGUCCUGGUGGAUGAUUCCAUUGUCAGGGGAAACACCAUGAAACCAGUCAUACAGAUGCUUAAGAAUGCAGGGGCGAAAGAGGUUCAUGUGCGUGUGGCUUCCCCUGUCAAACACCCGUGCUAUAUGGGUAUCAACAUUCCCACCAAGGAAGAGCUGGUUGCCAAUAGGGUCAAAAUGGACAAGAUCGCCAACCACUUUGGUGCGGACUCACUCAAGUACCUGUCAGUUGAAGGACUGGUCAAGGCAACACAGGAGGGAAUAACACGGACAGACAAUCAGCCAGUUGGUCAUUGUGUGGCCUGCUUGACGGGGACAUACCCGGUCAAACUAGACUGGUAGAAUACUUGCGCAGCUUAAAGAUAUUGAAACUCGGACUUAGCCAAAACAUUAACAACAGUAAUGUUAUUGGAGUGUAAGUCUAAUGUGACAUUAAAGAUAGUGCAAUGGAGGAAGAUUAAUACCUUUAGAGGGUAUGUUGGUGGAGAAUUAGAAUGUCUGACCCUAUGCCAUAGGGCCUAUGGCAUUUGUAGAGCCGGUUUUUAAUAUUUCCAAAAUAUUGACUACUAGUAAAACGCAUGCUGAAGGGUUGUUGUUGUUGUUUUCUGAUCUGAUCAGCAUUCACAAGUUUAAAACUUGGAAUCUGUUGUUGUAAUAUGUGCGCCAAGAGACAAUCCUUUCGAUGUGUUCAUUAUAUUUCUUUAUAAGAUAUUGAAAUCAAUGAAAUCAAGCAUGAAUGUGUAAUAUAUUUUGAAAUACCUAUUUUUCCACAUAUUAAUGUGUUACUGUGUGAUAUUUAAGACAAAUCUCAUCAUGUGCCAUGUAACUUUGUAGAUACAUAGAUAUGAAAUAUCUGGCCAGUUCUUUCAACAUGUAAUCGUGUACAUACAAAGUUUGUUAGUAAUUGUUCUUGUUAAUUAUUACAGAUAUUAUUUUAUAUUACAAUGUAAAGUUUGUUUGCAUUCUCCACUCAAGUCUGAAUUGACAACAUGUAGCAUCUCCAUAAUGCACGACAGUCAUUUAUUAAGAACUGAUCAAUACAUUCAUUGCAAUUCAUUAAGUGAAUAGGAGUACUGUAUGUAGGUUUGCAUGUGUCAUAACCAGAAAAUUUAAGAACCAGGUUCCUAAUCAUCACCUGCAAGUACCUAUAUACAGUCAAAACCCGUUAACUUCAUAUCCUAGGGACCAGCAUAAAUAUGGAGAGAUUCACAAAUAUUGUUUGAAGCCGGAAUGCUUUCAAAGAGUAAAACAGAAUUUGUCCUUAACAUUCAGUUUGAGCCAAGCCAGUUGAAGCCAACGGGGUUCGUCUGUACACAUUUUACACAGCAGAAUAAGCACAACAUUGCAUAGAACAUACACAUUUCCCUAUUUAAAAGAACUCAAAAGUAACCUAGCUUAUUUCAAAACAAGUACAGUGGGGAUUUAUUUUUAUCAUUUGUCAAAGGGGGGAACAUCAUAUAUAUGUUAGCACAUGGGGAGAUGCAUCCCUUUCAUCAACAUCGACAAGUAGAAGGCAGCGAUAAUGAUACUCAAUGAUAAAAUGAUCUCAUGAAUAAUUUUGGAUGAAUAUGUUAUUUUUUUUAAAAAUAAACA